AUGAGCGACUUCCUACGGCGCGAAAAAGAUUCUCUCGACGAGGAGUUCGGCACUCCCACCGGCGGCGCAUUUGGCUCCUCUGGCGCCGACAUUGACUUCGACGCUGCGGCCUCUGCUUUCCCUGAGAUCUCCCUUGACGGCAUUGGGGACCUCCCCGCGGCGGCCCCGGCAGCGCCGCCGAUGAGCACGUCCAACAGCUUCUCGUUCGACGACUUCAGUACCCCAAAAACACACGCGACCGAGGUCACGGUCACUGGAGACGAUGAGAUUGAGAAGUUCGAGAGCGCGUUUCCCGACAUUGAGAUCCCGCUGCAACCCGCCGUACCUGCGAUGUCUAUGCAGGCACCCGCCUUCGCGCAGACACCGACGUAUGCGCCGCAACCUGCAUACUCUUCGACGCCCAUCCUCAGCCAGUCAUUGGAAGAGGAUGAGCCCCAAGUGAUCAAAGACCAUCGGAAGGCUGAGCGCGCGAUUGAUCAGUUCUACGAGGAGUACGCCGCGAAGAAGGAGCGCAACAUCAAGGAGAACAAGGAGCACGAAGAGCAGUUCCUCUCCGAACUUUCCGAUUCGUUGUCGCAUGGGACGACCUGGCAGCGCAUCUGCGAUAUCCUUGAGCUCCAAAACUCGCAAAGCAAGACUAUCGCACGGUCAGGGCCUACCACUUCAGAUUUGACGCGCUUCAAAGAGGUCUUGCUCCGGCUGAAGCGCGAGGGAGAGGCGGCGCCGGGCGCAGCAGGCUACUAG